UUGUCUCUAGUGUUUAAAUACAUUGUUUUUAUUGUCUUAUUUAUUUUAAUAUGUAUUCCAGAAUUGUGCAAGGAUUUUCAAGAUGUAUAUUGUUUGAAAUUAAACAAAAUAACAUUAAACCACAUGCACAAAGAUUUGUGGGCACCGGUAGUAUCUAUAAAAGUAACAAAUAUACUAAUAAAGUCAGUUCAAAUGAUAAUGGACACCAUGAACAAGUUGGUGUUUUAGUCGAAAAAUUUGAGUCAAUUCCAGAUAAUAAGCAAUGGGAUGAAUUGCGCAAUGUAGUCUUAGGACAAAAAACAAUGAUUGAUAAAAAUAAUAUCGAUGCAAUAGUCCUUGGCUUUUGCAGUAAAAACUUAAAUUUAACAAAGUCUUAUGUUAAUUAUUUGAAAGCACAUAAUAUCAAUCCCAAUUUUGCCACUAUCGGUAAGAUAUUGAAAUCUUAUCAUAACCAUUAUGAGAAUAAAGAUGUUCCUCCAGAAGAAAUUGCAUCAAUUUUGGGAUGGUGUGAAAAGCUAUUAAAGCUUGGAACUUUAGAUUUUGUUAAUGGAAGCAAUGUUAUUCAUGGUUUGGUGCUAACUGAAAGAUGGAAAGAAAGCCUCAAAAUUCUUGAUAUGAUAAAAAUCACCUCAAAACCAAAAUGCCAAAUAUAUAGUAUUAUCGUUAGUACAGCAUUUAAUAACAGUGAAAUUGAAAUAGGUUGGAAUCUUUUUGAUGAAAUGUUACAAAUGGAUAGACAACCUACAUGUUCUGUAUAUGAAUCGUGGAUAAACUAUUGCUUGAGAAAUUUUGAACAACAUAAUAAAAGUGAAAUCUUACUCCAAGAUUUAGAAAAAAUGCUUAAAAUUAUAGCAGAUAAUGAUAUUAGAGUUUCUAAAGAUGUAGGUAUGAAAUUUGUAAAUGCCUUCGAAAAAAUUGGAUGGACAGGAAAUAUUUCAAAAGUUGUUCAAGGUUCAAAUUGCAAAGCAUGCAAAGAAAAAUUGGCACCUAUAAAAGUAUUGGCCAAGGAUUUCAAAAAGUUACAAAAGGAAUUUUUGAAUCGUGUAUUGAUAAGAAAAGAUGUAUUCGUGAGGUCAAACCCAACAGAAUUAGAGAAUUUUCGGACCAUGAUCAAACAGACUGCUCCAUAUGAUGUAGUUAUAGAUGGUCUAAAUGUUGCUUUUUGUUCUGGAAAGAAGAAGUACAAUGAGUUGGCCAACAUUCUGACAAAUGUUGUUCAACAUUUCACCGAUCUUGGGAAGAACGUUUUGGUUCUUGGAAGAAAACACAUGAUAAAAUGGUCUCCUGGUAAAUUAAAAUAUUUACAACAGAAGGCACAUGUAUUUCUAACAGAAGACUUAUCCUUUGAUGAUUUAUUUUUGUUACAAGCUGCAAUUUCUAGUGGCCCUAAGACUAUUAUUGUAUCACGUGAUUUGAUGCGUGGUCACAGAUUUCUUUUGGAAGACUCAGAAUUAAGAGAGACAUUUAAAAAGUGGCAGCUAAGUUGUCAAUAUCAAAUUGAGAGAUAUAAUAAUAAUGGAACAAUUAUUUUAACGCCUCCAUUGAAGUAUCUUCCCAGUGCACAAAAAAAUGAUAAUGGAUGGCACAUUCCUAUUGUUGAGGAAUACAAACCAAACACUAACUAUUUCUUAGACCUGCCGCAGGAAUGGAUAUGCUUAAGACCAAAAACUUAGAGAAUGU